AUGGGAAUUGUUUCAAUUAUGACUCUCACUGUUCUUGCCUAUGAACGCUACAUUCGAGUGGUCCAUGCUAAAGUAAUUGACUUCUCUUGGUCCUGGCGGGCUAUCACAUACAUCUGGCUCUAUUCAUUAGCUUGGACUGGAGCACCUCUUUUGGGCUGGAACAGAUACACCCUGGAAAUUCAUGGAUUAGGUUGCUCAGUGGACUGGAAGUCGAAAGACCCCAAUGAUACCUCCUUUGUGCUCCUUUUUUUCCUUAGCUGUCUGGUAGCACCUGUUGGGAUCAUGGCCUAUUGCUACGGCCAUAUUCUAUAUGCAGUAAGAAUGCUUCACUGUGUGGAAGACUUCCAGACUUUUCAAGUAAUCAAACUUCUAAAAUAUGAAAAGAAGGUGGCUAAAAUGUGUUUCUUAAUGAUCUCCACAUUCCUUAUUUGUUGGAUGCCCUAUGCAGUGGUCUCCCUCCUGGUAACAUACGGCUAUAGCAACCUUGUAACUCCAACAGUAGCUAUCAUCCCAUCUUUCUUUGCCAAGUCAAGCACUGCUUAUAAUCCAGUCAUCUAUAUCUUCAUGAGUAGAAAGUUUCGACGAUGCCUUUUGCAACUCCUGUGCUUUCGCCUGAUGAGAUACCAGAGGACCGUGAAAGAGACACCAGCAACAGGGAAUGACAAACCAAUACGACCAAUAGUUAUGUCUCAGAAAGCAGGGAACAGGCCAAAGAAGAAAGUGACUUUCAGCUCUUCCUCUAUCAUUUUUAUUAUCACCAGUGAUGACACCCAGCAAAUAGAUGACAACAGUAAACACAACGGGACAAAAGUAAAUAUCAUCCAAGUAAAGCCACUAUAG